UCCUUGUGUAAGUUGAUCAAUUUGCAAACACUCAACUUAUCAUGUUGUUAUAGUCUUGUUGGAUUGCCGAGGGAUAUGUGGAAACUCAUUAAUCUACGACAUCUUGAUAUUACUAGAACUGACAUAAUGGAGAUGCCGAUACAAUUGGGUAGCUUAAGAAGUCUGCAAACGUUGACAAAAUUUAUUAUCGGCAGCCGUAAUGGGUCUUGCAUUGGAGAGUUGGGAAAACUUACAAAUCUUCGAGGGAAGCUUGCUAUUUUGAACCUUCAAAAUGUUCUCUCUUCUACAGAUGCCUCAGAUGCCGGCUUGAAGGACAAGAAGCACAUUGAGGAGUUGGUGUUGGAAUGGAAAGCUGGUACUGUUGUUUUAGAAAGUCAAAGAAUUAUACUUGACAAUCUCCAGCCUCAUUCAAAUUUGAAAAGUCUCACUAUCAACAACUAUGGCGGUCAAAGUUUUCCAGAUUGGAUAGGGCAUGAUUCAUUCUUUAAUAUGGUAUCUCUUCACCUAAACAAGUGUAAAUUUUGUUGCAGCCUGCCAUCGCUUGGACAACUACCCUCUUUGCAGAACCUCUCUAUUGUUGAGUUUGAUGGAGUUGUUAGAGUGGGUCCUGGAUUUUAUGGUAGUGGUUCAUCUUCAAUUAUGCCAUUUAAAGCAUUGAAAGUUCUAAGGUUCGAGUUGAUGUUGAAGUGGGAGGAAUGGUUAUCCUUUGGUGCUGAAAAUGAAGGUGUAGCUUUUCCUCUCCUACAAGAGCUUUAUAUUCAUGAUUGUCCCAAGCUAACACGAAGGUUGCCCAUCCAUCUUCCUUCUUUAGCCAAACUUGAGAUCACGGAAUGUCCACUAUUGGUGUUUUCACUCCCGAUGUUUCCUGCUAUAUGUCAAUUGAAUCUAACACGUUGUAAUGAGGUUUUGUUAAAGGAAUUGCCAACUAGAAUACAGGUUCUCAAAGUUGGAGGAUGUGAUGCACUAGAUUCCCAAGCCAACAUAAUGAUGGGGCCCAGUAGUUCUCUUCAAGAGUUAGAAGUCAGUGACUGUUCUUCGUUUGUGUCCCUUUCCAAGUGUGAUCUAGCAUCUACAUUAAAAUCCCUUAUCAUCAGGAAUUGUGGGAUUUUAGAGCUCCCAAUGUACCCGAUCUUUUCAUCCCUUAAAAAAUUAUACUUAUUUAAUAUUCAUGGUGCUCUCAAGUCCGUCCCAUUAGACUUAUUUCCAAAGCUUUGUGACAUCUAUAUCUUUGGGUGUAGGAAUUUGGAAUCCUUGACAGUUUCUGAAGAACAUAGACAUGAUUUAAUGACAUUGCAAAUACAAAUCAUAGAUUGCCCUUGUUUUGUAUCUUUUCCAAAAGGAGGAUUGCGUGCCGCCAACCUUACAUUGCUUUGGGUUUGGAAUUGUGGAAGUUUGAGGUCAUUACCAGAUAAGAUGCACUCUUUCCUCUCAUCUCUUGAGGAAUUGCAAAUAGUCAAUUGUGCAGAAGUUGAGUCUUUUCCUGAGGGGGGUUUGCCUUGUAAUCUGAAAUCGAUGUCCAUCAUUGAUUGUGACAACCUCGUUGCCGAACGAAUGGGAUGGGGUUUGCAAAAGCUCCCAUUUCUUAAAAAAUUGUUUAUUUGUGGUGAAAGGGGAAAUGUAGAGUCCUUUCCGGAGGUGGGAUUGCUGCCCACCAAUCUGACUGCUCUUCAAAUAAUGAAUUUUCCAAAUAUGAAAUCUUUGGAUAAGGGGCUUCAACAGCUCACCUCUCUUGAAGAAUUGCGGAUCUAUAACUGCCCUAUGCUCAAGUACAUGCCAGAAGAGGGCUUGGCUGCCUCUGUUUCUGUUUUAUUGAUCAACAAUUGUCCUUUGGUAAAGAAACAAUGUCAGAGGAAAAAAGGAAAAGAAUGGCGCAAGAUUGCUCAUGUCCACCUAAUAAUGAUUGAUGAUGAAUUGAUUGAAUGAGCUAAAUGUCUAGCAAGAAUCUCCACUCAGAAUUUCGAAGAUCUAAGAGCUAGCUCGAUUUUGACUACACAAAGCAACACGUCUGUUUCCAAAGUAUGAGUGGAUGAAAAAGGACAUGGCUUCCGUUUGAUUGAUCAAAAGCUCCUUGGUUAAUUUUCAUGGGGUGGAUCCAAACUGUUUUGUGAAAGUUCCCGUGCCUGACGAACGACUCUCGAAGUGACAAGUGGUUCUGAUUUAAGAAAGCGCCACGCCCAAGAUUUUCAAUUUAUUAUGAUCAUAGCAGAUAUUGAAGUGGCCUUCCUACCGUGGCCUCAGAUGUCAAAUUUUUGUUGUACCAACAAAUAUAAUUUAUUUAGCAGGAAGUUUAAUCAAUACAAAGGAUGUCGGCUAGGGAGGAACUUAGUAGGAGGUGGUUUGAAUAAAAUAGGAUGAGAAAUGAUUCAUCUCUUCUCUUGGUCUUUCUCUCAUCCUUUCAAUUUUCAAAAUUAUCAUUAAAUAUGUGGGCUCGUGUAGGUUUCACACAAGAAUCCAACAGAUUCAUUGGUAAUUUUAAAAAUUAACGAGAAGAGAGAAAGACCGAAGGAUAAUCCAUGGGCUUUCAAGUCCAAAAGCAUAAAUGCAUUUGUAGUAUGGAGCUUUGAAUACAACAAACAGUGAGCAAUGAGUUGGGAUAUAGACACUUUUGGGCUCAAGUUGGUGCAACAGAACGUGUGGGCCUAGCAUCUUCUCUUGUGUCCUUUCAUACAGCUGCAACCCAUGAAUUCACAAGCUUUUCUUUGUUUGCAUUUGGACAAGUAUUGAUUGGUAGGGGACCCUCCACAUCCACAACACUCCCAUGCGUCCCUUACAAUACCACGUCUUGAAGUCGACAAAUGGCUGGACUUGGGUUUUGAGCUAUUUGUUGAAAUAAAUUUUAGAUUGUUUUAAGUUUCAUAUAAAUUUUCUCAUAAUUGCUAUCAUUUUCUCAUUCAUAUAUAUAUAUAUGACAUAUGAUAUGAUAUGAUAUAUGUUGUGGAUUUCGGUGAUGUUGCAUGCAAUCUCAUUAAGUCAACAGCUGGAGUACUACAAGGAGUAUCAGCCGUAGGGUGGUGGAAAUUGCAGGGAGAUCAAAUGCUUCAACAAUAAUAUCUGGUGCAAUCUACUUUCUUAGUGCUGGGAACAGUGACUUUCUUCAGAACUAUUACGUUUAUCCUCUUCUUCAAGUCGCUUAUUCUUUUGAUCGCUUCUCCGGCAUUCUCAUGCAAUCCUAUUCAAUUUUCAUUCAGGUCUCUCCUCUCCUCACAGUUCUUCUCAAACAUAGAUUAUAUAUCUUUUACCCUUUUGUUUGUUUGUUUGUUUUUUUUUUUUUGGAAAUAAAAACAUUAACAAAUAUUUAAAACUACUUUUAUCUUCAUCUUAAUGUUGUAAGAAUUAAGAAAAAAUAAACAAAAUUCCUAUGCAUUCAUUCAUAAAGAAACAUCUGUGACUGGGCCUAUAUGCAUUGGGUGGGAGGAGAAUUGGAGUGACAACACUACCCCUAAUGGGAUGCCUGCCAGCAGCCAUGACGUAUAAUAUAUGGGUUGGGUGGGAACGAGUGUGUGGAAAGGUUAAACAAUGGCGCAAUUUCCUUAUAAAUGCAAACAAAUAUUACCAGACUGAUGCGCCCAGUUAACAUAUUGAAUUGGCUUUGUCACAAACCUCAAACCUCAAGUCCAAGCUUUGUUAUGCCAUUUAUAAAUGCUAAGAAAAUAGAACAUAUAGCAUAGAAACAAUUGUAAAGCAAGACAGUAAUUUCUGUACUUAAAGAAGUAGGAGCAGCAAUAUGCCAUUACUAGAGAGGAUUGCACAACAGGUGUUUGAUUAAAUGUUCCCUCACUCUGUAAUCAGGAGGUGUUUCUGUUUGUAUGUAUAGAAAACGUCUGUAUAGCUUGUAUGUAAUCUGAUAAACAAAAAGAUGUGGAAACUCAAUACAAUGCAAUGUUAUCUCUUAUCUAAAUGUUUAUUAUCUUUGUGAGAUGAUUUUCUUGAGUGAGAUGAUAUCUUGGCUGUGGAAGAUUUUCUCUGCCAUGGAGGACUCUGCAUCUGCAGAGUUCUCUACAGUGGAGGAUACUUCUACAUCUUCAUGUUGUUUCUUAUAAGCUUUAGGUAAUCAAACUUGUCACUAAUGAUAGUUCAAAGAGUAAUGCUAUUCAGUAAAUUACUAUAUCACUGCCAUACAACUUGAUGAUGUGACAGUGAAAAUCAGUUCUUGGAACAACUCUUGCAAACAAUCCUAGGUAGUAUUUUAUAAGUUUACUAAAUAUUAAAGGUGGUUAUCGGUCAUAACGGUCUGGUUUUGCCUAUAACCGAUUACCGACUGAAAUUUAUCGGUUAAUCGGUUUUCUAACCGAUUACCGACCGAUAAGAAUUUAUUUCGAAAAUUUCAGUUAAAUCAGUAAUCGGUUAAAACGGUUUUCGUGGGCUUUCUGAGCACAAAGACCGUUUGAGUGACGAUUUUUGUGCAUAAAUACCCACAGAUUCAGCCCAUAAAUCCUCAAAUCAAACUAAUGAAAUACUAGAGAUUACCUAAUGUGACGAUUUCUGAGCACAAAGACUGUCUGAGUUACGGACAGAGGCGAGGUCACACCGUCAUGGCAUCAUGGACUCACGGACUCAAGACGUCAUGGCAACCCACGACCACGAAGCUUCGACGCUGCACCACCCACAAUUGGAGUCACACCGCACCGUCCUGCGAGAGAGUGAGAGAGGAGAGAGCUGAGGGUGAGACAGGCAACAUUAACUAGAGAGAGCAAAGGUG